AUGUCCUUAAGAAUAUCUACAUGUAUUAUUUUCCUUGCUUUUCUGUUUUCACCAUUUCAUUGUGAAGAAUGGAUAAGUGUUGGUUUUUGGUUUCCAGGCAUUCCCAUUUCUGAAAUUGAAUCCACACUCUUUACUCACCUCGUAUUCUGCUUUGUUUCCAUAAACACUUCAUCUUUUGAGACCUCUCUCUCCCCAUACAUUUCUAGCUUCUCUAACACAGUCAAAGCAAAGAACCCAUCCAUCAAAACACUUCUCUCAAUCCGGGGACAGGAAGGUUAUAACUUGAUGGUGAGAGAUGCUUCUUUCAGGCAAAUCUUCAUCCAAUCUUCGUUCAACGUGGCCAAGACAUAUGGGUUCGAUGGCCUCGACUUUUAUUGGGACAAUCAAUCUGUAACACAGCUUGACAUGAACGGUAUGGCAACAUUCUUACAAGAGUGGCGAAAAGCUGCAAAUGAUAUCAAUCCAGAGCUGAUCUUAACUGCAACUGUUCGAUAUUCACCGAACUAUACUGAAUCUAUUAUGUAUCCUAUCGAGUCAAUGGAAGCAAACUUGAACUGGGUACAUGUCAAAACAUUUGAUUAUAGUACUCCUUCUUCGAGCUCCAAGAUCACUGCCGCACCAUCAGCUUUGCACGAUCCUUCAAAUGGGCUAGACACAGAGCAUUUUAUACGUCAAUGGAUUGAUAAGGGGUUGCCAAAAUCCAGAGUGGUUAUGGGGUUGGCUUUGUAUGGAUUUGCAUGGAAUCUUACUGAUCCAGACAAAGAUAAUGCCAAUGGGAUAGGUACAUCAGCAAAUGGGGUAGGAGAAACUCCACAUGAGUGGACGGGGAUGAUAACAUACAAGGAAAUCAAAGCUAGGAUUCAGUCCUCUGCAGGUGAUGUACAGUAUAAUGCUACUUAUGUUGUCAACUACUGGUCGCAGGGAUCGACAUGGAUAGGUUUCGACGAUGUUGAGGCUGUAAGAGAAAUGGUGUCUUUUGCCAAGAGAAACAAGUUGCUUGGUUACUUCUUGUGGCAAAUUUCCAAUGAUGACAAUUGGCAGCUUUCCCUCGCAGGUCAUUUUUCUCAUAUUCUACUUGCAAAUACGCUUUUAUUUUUCUAG